AUGAAAAUUUAUGAUUCUUUCCAUAAGAUCAUAAACGAUCACCUACACAUUUUGCAUGAUAGAAAAGUAUUUGAUAAGGAAAAAAAAAUGAAUUCCUUAAAUAAUAUUUACGAUAUGAUCUGUAACUUUUUUAAUACUAGCAAUAAUGAAGAAAAAGAGAAUUUUUGUUCCUUUUUCCUUGAUUAUUUAUACGAUCCUUUAAAUAUUUUGAUAAAUGACGAAUUCGAUGAAUGCAGAAUAUUUGUUCUAAAGAUUUAUUUCUUGAUUGAAAAGAAUUUAAAUAAUAUAUUGCUAGAUAAUAUUUUAUUUAAAAAGAUAAACAAUGAAGACAAUUUUCUGUUUAUAUGUACAAGUCGAUUAAAAGAAGAUGAAAAUAAUAAAAUUAUUGAAGAAAAAGAAGAUAUACGAUUAAAAAUUGUAGAAUUUUUAUAUACUAUUCUUAGUAGACAUAAGAAAAUAUAUCAACAAUCAUCUACAAUUAUAUUAAAUAUUUUUAUAUAUCUUGAGCAUAUUUUAUCAGCUCUAUCAGUACUGGUUAAAGAUCCAUAUCCAUUAAUUAAAAAACAAACAUGCCAAUUGUUGUAUGAAUUGAAUAUAGGAAAGGAAAUAAAGCAGGAAUAUAACAAAAUUUAUAAAGAUCUAUUAACAAAUUUGUUAGACAGUCUCAAUGUCAGAAAAAAUGAUACUCGUGAGGUUAUAAUGAAAUGCUUAAAAACCAUUGCAUGUUUAGAGAUUAAUAGAAGCUCUCUUCAUAAUAUUACGGAUUGUUUUAAAAAAAUAUGCAGAACAAACACAAGCAAUAAUGUUAUUCUUGAAAUGGUUAACUGUAUUGAAAUGUGGAUCUUAAAUAUUAAAGAUUUAAAUAAUGUGGAAAAAGCAAAACUUAUAUUUAUUAUAUUCCUAUGUAUGAAUUUGAAGUUACUUCCUUUUACUAUUAAAAGAUGUUAUGAUGUUAUACAAAAUGUAUGUAAUGAUUUAUAUAAACACAAUACAAAUAAUAUGGACCAUUUGGAAAAUAAAGGGAAUAUAUAUAUAUUUGAAAAAAAUGAAAAAAAAGAAAAUGAUCUAGGUGUAAAAAAUAAUUAUGACGAAAAAUAUAAUAAACUAUUAAAUAAUGAAAAAAUGGAAGAAAUAUAUGACAUUUUUUUUAAAAAUAUAAAUUAUAUUUUUACAUUUCCAUUGAAUAAUAUAUCAAACAAUGUUCAUAAUUUUUUUUGUGAAAUAAAAGAAGAAUUAUAUUAUGAAAUCAUUAGUUAUGAAAAAAGUUGUUUAUUUGAUAGUAAUGAAAAUCUUUUUGGUAUUAUUACUUUAUUUUUAUUAUUGACAGAUAAGGAUAGUUUUUAUUUUAUUAAACAUAUUCUAUCUUUUAUUUAUAAAUCUUAUAUAUCAUUCAAGUAUUUAAAUUACCCUUCAACCCCAUUGUUAGUAGAUGAUUUAUUAUUUGUUUUACAUGAAAAUUUAAAAAAUGAACAUGAAAAAAUUUAUUCUUAUCAAUAUGAAUCAUUUUUAUAUUUAAGUAAACAAGUAUAUGUAAUUUUAAUAUGUGGAUAUUUAAUGCCUAUCGAAUUAUGUAUUAUGGAGAUAGCUAAAAUGAUAUUUGAUGAAAACAGUGUUGAAAAGAUACUGACAAACUUUUAUAUAUUUAAUGAUAAAAACGAGAAUUAUAAAGAAUUAAAUGAAAAUAUAACAAUAGACACAAAAAAUUAUAAUAUGGAAGAGAAGAACAAAAAUUGUGUGGAAGAAAUAAAAAUUAGUACGAAAGAUAAUAAUAAUAAUAAUAUUAUUAAUAAUAAUGACAAUAGUGAUUAUAUUUUUCUUAAUAAUAACUAUCAAAUGUAUCUACAAAAGUGUUAUAAUCAUAUAAACAAAAAAUCUAAUCAACCUUUUAUGAUAGAAAAAGCUUGUAGUAGUGAUAAAGAAAAAGACGAAUUUUAUUCAAACGAUCAUAUGCUUAUAAAUACAAAUAGUAUAAUAAAUAAAAUAGAUGAAAGAAAACUAAACUCUAUAUUUCUUACAUAUAAUAUUGUUGAAGACCAAAAUAUAAAACAAAGAGAUGAGAAAAAUAUAAUUUGUUACUCUUUAAAUGAAUAUGAUAAGAAUAAUAAUACAUGUAUUAUUUAUCAAAAUAAAAAAAUUGUUCUUAUAAUACUUUCUCAAAUAUUAGGUGGCUAUUACAUAAAAAAAAAAAAUUCAGAAAAUAAAAAAAAAGAACUUAUAAUUAAUGAGGAGUGUAUAAAUUUUGUUUUUUAUCUAAUACAUGAAAAUAUAAUAUAUGAAAAUUAUGAUUCAUAUCCAUAUAUAUUAAUAACAUUAAAACAUUUAAUACAUAUAAUUGAAAAUGAAUGUAAAAAAUAUAGUAAUAUUUUAUUUCACUUUUUAAUAAUUUUACAAAGUAAUCAUAAUUUUUGUUCUGAUUCUGAAAUUAAUAAUUUAAUGGAAGAAAUAGAAAAAUAUAGUGAAAGAAAAAAGAUAAAUUUUUACAACUAUGAAUAUUAUAAUUUUAUUAAGAAUAUUAACAAUAUAAUUAAUCUUAAUGAUAUCAAUAAUUUUAAAUAUCAUAUUGAUAUAUUAAAUAUACUUUUAUGUAAUAUAACUAAUGAUAUACUUAAUAAAUACUCAAAAGAAUUAAUGAAUUUUUUUUAUUUAAUAAUUAACAAAGAAUUAAAUUCAUUGAUAAAAUUAGAAUUCUUAUUAUUUUUAAAUUUAUUUAUAUCAAGAAAAAAAAAUGUAGAAACAUUUUUUUUUAAAAAUGGAAAAGAUAUAUUAAAAAAUAUAUUGUUACCAUUAUGUACUUGGAAAAGUGGUUUAAGUGAAGCACAAAUAAGAAAAGGUGUCUUGUUUUGUAUGAGAGAAUUAUUUAUUAAUAAUAUAUUACAUAUAGAUAUAUUUAAAAAUAAUAUAUUAAUACAAAAUUUAAUAUGUGUUCUUAAAUCACAAAUAGAUGAUACAUGGAAUCAUGAAAAUAGAGAAAUAUCCAUAUCUAUAUGUUCAUAUAUUAUAAAAUACGUAACAAAUAAUAAUAUUAUUUUAGAUUUAUUAGAUUAUCUAAUAAAAUUAUUAGAUGAUUCAAAUAUUUCUAUACGUAUAUCUACAACAGUAGGUAUACACUCUAUUUUUCAAAAUAAAAACUUGGUAUUGUCUAAACAAAAGUGUGAACAUAUAUUUCCUAUUCUUCUUUUACAUAUGGAUGAUGAUUAUAAAGAUGUUAGUCAAAAUAUUUUUUCUAUACUAAAAAUAGCAAAAGGGAUUGACAAGGAAAUAUUUACUAAGCAUGCCAGGAAUUCAUCAGAAUUUUCAAAUCACGCAAAGACAUAUAAAAAUAUUUUGAUGAAUGAAAUUUGA